GGACAGCAACACACCAGUAUAUACUUUAUUUAUAAUUCUUUCAUUAUCCUUCUGGAAAGGAAGUUUUCUUUGGUCUUUCAAUUCAAGACGUUCAUUCUAUUCAUUACCUCGUUACAUCACUCAACCCUUUUCAAAAUGAAGACCACUCUUUUCCUCGCUCUCGUCGGUAGCGCUUGCGCAGCACCCCGAUUAUUCGAGCGACAGAACCCUUGCUUCGUUAUCGGCUCCGAAGUCCUUCCAGGCGAAGUUGCCGAUAUUGCUACCUCCCUGGCCAACACUGUCACCUGUGAUACCUCUCAGACGACCAUCGACGGCGUCCCAGACGUUAGCUCCGGCGGCGUCACCUUUUCGUCCAUCAACUUUGCCGAGUCCGGCCAGACGCCGUUGGCGUUUGCCUUGGACAAGUUUGCCACCACUACACCGCUGGCCAACAACGACCUACAGCAGUUCCAGGACGAACUGAACACCUAUCUUGCCACUGAGGCUGGCGUCCGAUCGGUCGGCGGGAGCCUUGCCCUCAAGGUGCCCAAGUUCUUUCUUCAAUUUCAGAUGGCCCGCAUCCAGCAGGCUCAAGGAGUCGUAUCUGACGUGCCCGGUAUGACGGUCGAGCACCAGUUGGGGAAGGUUGUCAAAAAUGCGGCUGGAGAGGAUCAGGCCCUGAUUGACCAGGUCAAUACUCUGGCCACCACUCUCGCAUAA